CUCUGUUACCAGAUCAACCUUUAAACCUCAAAGUCACUGACAUCAAGUCAAGAAGUGCUGAAAUAUCUUGGCUAGAUUCCGCAAACACAGGAGAUGGAAAUCUUACAGGAGUGUGGAUUAAACUGAAAAAAGAGAACUCCCUUAUCCUGAAAACUACCACAGAUAAAGUCAACAAAUACAAAUUAGAUAAACUCACUCCAUACACUACAUAUGAAAUAUCAGUCGCUGUUCGAAAUAAACAUGGUUUUGGUGAAGAGACUAUUACUUCGUUCACAACAUCAGAAGAAGGUGAAAUAGAUAAAAGCGUAGACAAUUCAUAG